GUGUGUGUGUGUGUGUGUGAGAGAGAGAGAGAGAGAGUGUGUGUGUGUGUGUGUGAGAGAGAGAGAGUGUGUGUGUGUGUGUGAGAGAGAGUGUGUGUGUGUGUGUGUGUGUGUGAGAGAGUGUGUGUGUGUGAGAGAGAGUGUGUGUGUGUGUGUGUGUGAGAGAGUGUGUGUGUGUGAGAGAGAGUGUGUGUGUGUGUGUGUGUGUGUUGGUAAUUACGUCACAAGUCGUUCCCCACAACAUGGCGGCUGUGUGUGAGUGAGGAGGCGGAAGUGUACCAGUUUGCGACUAUGUGACCGCCCCCUGCAGGCUGGACAGAGUGAGUGUAUCUCACCAUGAAUAAGGACACCACCACUGAGUCCGAGAAUAACAGUCAGAUGAAGGUGUUUUUGCCCAAUAAGUUGUUGGAGUGUUUGCCUCACACAAGCACACUCCCUAAAGAAAGACUCCGCUGGAACACCAACGAGGAAAUCGCGUCCUUCCUGAUCUCGUUUGACAGACAUGAAGAAUGGCUCUCCUGCACCCUGAAGACCAGGCCGCAGAACGGUUCGAUAAUCCUGUACAACAGGAAGAAGGUGCAGUACAGGAAGGAUGGCUACUGCUGGAAGAAGAGGAAGGAUGGAAAAACCACACGGGAAGAUCACAUGAAGCUCAAAGUGCAGGGCACGGAGUGUCUCUAUGGUUGUUAUGUCCAUUCCUCCAUCGUCCCAACAUUCCACAGGAGGUGCUAUUGGCUGCUGCAGAACCCGGACAUCGUGCUGGUCCACUAUCUGAAUGUACCGAAUGUGGAGGACAGUGGGAAGGUCUGCGGGCCGGUACUGUGCGCCGUCAGUGAUCGACGAGACGGACUGCGCUGGAGCCGAGAGGAGCUGCUCUCGCAACUCAAACCCAUGUUUCACAGUAUGAAGUGGUGUGGCACUGGGAACGGGCCGGAGCCGUCCAUAGAGCAACUGGUGCUGCAGAUUCUGGAAUCGCAACAGACCAAACCACAACCACGUACACACACCUGCCUCUGUAACCAUGCCUCUUCAGGAAUGAACAUUCCUCACCGGUGUAACAGCACUAAACAUCGCAUCAUCUCCCCUAAGCUGCCGUGUGGCCCCGCCCCCUAUCAGGCAGAGAUGCAGAAUCCAACCAAUCAGAGCUCAGGAUGUGGCAAAGACGGUGCUGGGGAUGUUGCCAUGGAGAACAUGAGCUCAGAGAAAACGCAGCCCUCCAGCCCAGCGAUCGGCCCAGAGAACUGCGGCUUGGCUCCGCCCUCCUCCACAUCCAGCCCACCCCAAAUACAGCGUGCGGCGACCAUAACCAUCGGCAACGGCAACGGCUUCUACGGCGAACAGCGGGGCGGCUUGGCGACCAUGGCUUUGCCACAGAAUGCGGUACUCGUCAUGACGACGGCGGCGGCGGCGGCGGCUUUGGGCCGAGGAGGGGAGGAGUCUAAAGGAGAGCUGGGACCCACCCACCUGUCGCUCACCCGUGCAGGCGGCAGACUCGUCCUAUCACCUGUCCCGCCCAAACAGGACACGCCCCCUGCCAGUCCAGCCCCGGGACCCGCCCAAACGGCGCCACCCAAUCAGGGCGUGGCUACACUGUCGCUCACGCUUUUGCCGAGCCCCGUGAUUGGGGGACUGCUGUUGACGGACAGGAUUAACACGCCCGGUGCUUUGCUCCGCCCCCAAUCACCUCCGCUAAUGACCGCGCCUCCUGUAGCGGCUAGCUCCGGUCCUGACGCUGCCCCAGCUACCCAGCUGCCCUUUGAUCCUGAUUCGUUCCUGAACAGCCCAAAACAGGGUCAAACCUACGGAGGCUCCUCCCUUUCUCCGAACAACGCCAGUAACCCCGCCUCUAUAUCACAGACCCCGCCCCCUUCCACGUCUCCUCAGGCCGCGUCGUUAGCGCUGAGUCUUUCUCCUACGUCCUCGCCGUCCUCCCUGUCCUCGUUAUCUCCGCCCACCUCCACUCCUAACUCCUCCCUCUCUUUCUCCCUCUCUCCUUCUUGCUCCGCCCCCUCCUUCCCGCCUUUCUGUCUCGACUCCUCAUUGGCUCUCGAUCCGUUAGCCAAUCCGCUAAACCUGACCCUGAACGCGCAAAAAUUCCCGGCGCAGUACUCCCAGCCCGGAUGCGACGGACACGCCCUUAUGAUUGGACAGAAUGAAAAUGCUCCGCCCACUCCAGUAUCACUAAACCAUUUACAAACAACUCAGCAAUUGAGCCUCAAUCAGCUCCCACUUAUAACCAAUCAGCUCUCACCCAGUCAGCUCUCGUCCAAUCACCUCCCACUUAUAACCAAUCAGCUCUCACCCAGUCAGCUCUCGUCCAAUCAGCUCCCACUUAUAACCAAUCAGCUCUCACCCAGUCAGCUCUCGUCCAAUCACCUCCCACUUAUGACCAAUCAGCUCUCACCCAGUCAGCUCUCGUCCAAUCACCUCCCACUUAUAACCAAUCAGCUCUCACCCAGUCAGCUCUCGUCCAAUCACCUCCCACUUAUGACCAAUCAGCUCUCACCCAGUCAGCUCUCGUCCAAUCACCUCCCACUUAUAACCAAUCAGCUCUCACCCAGUCAGCUCUCGUCCAAUCACCUCCCACUUAUAACCAAUCAGCUCUCACCCAGUCAGCUCUCGUCCAAUCACCUCCCACUUAUGACCAAUCAGCUCUCACCCAGUCAGCUCUCGUCCAAUCUGCUCCCACUUAUAACCAAUCAGCUCUCACCCAGUCAGCUCUCGUCCAAUCACCUCCCACUUAUGACCAAUCAGCUCUCACCCAGUCAGCUCUCGUCCAAUCACCUCCCACUUAUAACCAAUCAGCUCUCACCCAGUCAGCUCUCGUCCAAUCACCUCCCACUUAUGACCAAUCAGCUCUCACCCAGUCAGCUCUCGUCCAAUCUGCUCCCACUUAUAACCAAUCAGCUCUCGUCCAAUCAGCUCCCGGCUGACGUAGAAGGGGCGGGGCACUGUAACGAGACUCACCUGUUAACGAGCCACGCCCCGGCACACGCACGCUUGUCGGAUUUGAGGUCGCCGGUUCGAGGUUUACGCCACAGCCUCAGCCAGCCGGCUCUGCUCGUACACACCGACACACACUCGCCCCAAUACAGCCACACACCACACACACACUCACACACACACACUCCCGCCGUACAGGUGAGCCCAGUUCAGGUGAAGGAGGAGAAGUCUCCGCCCAUCACCUCCGCCGUUUUACACGAGUUAGAACCCGACGAGAUGCCCAUGGACACCGCCCACAGUUCAGACUCCGCCCAGCAGGGUGCCGAGGAGGCGGAGCUAACGUUCGACUCCACCUUCCCUGAUCUUAUAUCCGAGCUCAUGACGGAGGAGACGAGCGCUCAGACUUCCUGCUCCAGCCUAAACCCCGCCUCUACACCUACACCUUACCCUGUCCGAUACAUGGCCCCGCCCCAGCCGACGCCCUCCACCUCCUACCUGCCCUACUCCAUCCUGACGAACACCGCCACGCACUCUCACAUGCACUCCGGGCCGGGGGAGGAGCCUCAGCGCCUCGCCAGCAUCACAGACUUCUCACCCGAGUGGUCGUACCCAGAGGGCGGGGUGAAGGUGUUGAUCACAGGGCCGUGGUGUGAGGUGAGCUGCAGGUACUCGUGUGUGUUUGAUCAGAGUACAGUACCAGCCUCACUCAUCCAGCCGGGGGUACUGCGCUGUUACUGCCCAGCACAUGAAGCAGGACUGGUAGCUCUGCGGGUGAUGAAGGACUCUGAGGCCGUUUCCUCCUCGGUGCUGUUUGAGUAUCGAGCUCGAAACGCAACAUCAUUACCCAGCUCACAACUCGACUGGCUCUCUCUGGAUGAUAACCAGUUCCGCAUGUCCAUCCUGGAGAGGCUGGAGCAGAUGGAGAGGAGGAUGGCCGAGAUGGCUAACAACAACCAACAACAACAACCGCAGCAGCAGCAGCAGAGGUUGUCACGGCAACAGAGCUCACCUCCUUCCACGCUGCGCCUCACACCUGAGAACCAGUCGGGCGUGUGGUUCGAGCGGCGGAUCGUGAGCGUGUGUGAGCGGAUGAUGAGCGGAGGACGCUGGGGGGGCAGCGAGAGACUCACACACUGCGUCCGGCACAGAGGGAUGACCUUACUGCACCUCGCCGCCGCUCAAGGAUACACACACCUCAUACACACACUCAUCCGCUGGAGGACUCAGAGUUCAGACAGUUUGGAUCUGGAACAGGAAGUGGAUCCUCUGAACGUGGAUCAUUUCUCCUGCACACCUCUGAUGUGGGCGUGUGCUCUGGGUCACCAGUCGGCCGCCGUCUUGCUGUACAGGUGGAGCAGUGUGGCGCUGAUGAUCCCAGAUUCUCUGGGCCGCCUCCCUCUGGCCGUCGCCCGCUCGCGUGGACACACCCGCCUGGCGCGCUGUCUCGAGGAGCUACACACACACACACUCUCACAGACACACACACCAGAUGUUACACACACGCACAACAACACACACACGCUGGAGACGUCACCUCCACCACAGUUCCCCCCGUCUCCUCUCUCCACCAGCCCUGAUACAGGUCUGAGCUCCUCCAGCAGUGUUCCCUCCCCCAGUGACCCCCCCUCUCCGUCUCCCAGCUCCGCCUACUCCAGUGGUUCAGCUCCUCUCACCUCUCCUCAGUCUCCUCCUGAUCUCAUGGACACCUCCUGCGACUCCUCCCCCCGCUCCUCACCCCCCCGCUCCUCACCCAUGCCUCCUCUUCCCUGUCCCACCCCCUCGGUGGAGGCACACUUCCUGGUGGACUCGCCCUCACCCCCCCACUUGGAGCACACACACUCGUCCUUCGAGGCCGAGCUGCUGAACUACAGCGAGAACGCCGAGAACGAGGAGUACCUGCCUGCAGAGGUCCUACAGGUUGACAUGGCAACGCUGGCGGACCAAAUCAUCGAGGCGACGCCCGAGCGAAUCAAACAGGAGGAAUUCCCCCGAGGGGCGGAGUCACCGCUCAGAGAGAGGCGGGACAAUUCAGCCAUUCACGACACCAUGCCGUGGCUCGCCCCGUACCUGGACACCGUGGACAGGUGUGUGUGCCCCACCCCGCAGCCCCCCUCCCCUCUCAGCGCACUGGCUCUGCAGAGACUCCGCCCCCCCAGCAGCGCGGCCUGGGCGGAGUUUCUCAACGCCUCGGCCAAUGGCAGGAUGGAGAGAGACUUCGCUCUGCUCACGCUAACGGACAGCGAACAGAGAGAGCUAUACGAGGCAGCGCGCAUCAUCCAGAACGCCUUCCGCCGAUACAAGGGGCGACGACUAAAGGAACAGCAGGACAUCGCGGCUGCAGUGAUACAGCGAUGCUACAGGAAGUACAAACAGCUAACAUGGAUUGCUCUGAAGUACGCUCUCUAUAAGAAGAUGACCCAGGCUGCUAUCCUGAUCCAGAGUAAGUUCAGGAGUUAUUAUGAGCAGAAGAAGUUCCAGCAGAGUCGCCGUGCCGCUGUUCUGAUCCAGCAGUAUUACCGCAGCUAUAAAGAGUACGAACGCAUUAAACAGGGGGGCAGGAGCUCCGCCCCGCUCUCCAGCAGGAUCAAGGGGUCCUUCCUCACCAAGAAACAGGAUCAAGCUGCUCGCAAGAUCAUGCGCUUCUUCAGACGCUGCAGACACAGGAUUAAGGAGCUGAAGCAGAGUAAGGAGCUGGAGCGGCGAGGACUCACCACCUGAUCUCACACCACCAAGCUCCACUCUAAUGUUUACAUUCACUUCCUCUUAUAACCAAUAACAUCUCCUUCCUGCUUCCUGCAUGUGUGCUGCUCCUCCGUCUCCUGCUCUUUAACUGUCACACUGCAGCACCAGGAACUGGACCCUGACCAGGUUGUGCUUGAGACAGACUGUGUAAGAUAGCUGAUGAUGCUUUGAUCUGCUUCCACUCCUGCAGACUCCAGAUUACUGAGCUUGUGUUUGUUUCAGCUCUUCUAGAGAGCGUGUUAUAUACAGUGGGUGGUGGCUAUAUAUCAUAUAUGCUGGUAUAUGAUAUACAUUAUGAUGGGAUAUAUGAUGUUAUAAAUGAUGGUAUAUAUCAUACAUGAUGAUAUAGGCAGUAUGAUGGUAUAUAUGAUGGUAUUUAUGAUGUUCUAUACAGUAUGAUAGUAUAUAUAAUGGGAUAUAUAAUAUAUGCUGGUGUAGACAGUAUGAUGUGUAGAGGAUGUUAUAUAUGAUAUAUGCUGGUACAGCCAGUAUGAUGGUAUAUAUGAUGGUAUAUAUGGUAUAUGGUGGUAUAUAUUCUGAACCAUGUGUUUGAUUCUGUGUUGCCGCGUGACUCCAUGUUUACGUUCUCAGUCAGACGGGACGUUUUUUUUUUUUUUCUCUCUGCACUGAUUUAAAAGUCUUAAACUGAGUAUUAGUUCUGGGUUUAACACCCCUGUCCAGGGUCCCAGUUCCACCUGCACCAAGCUGCUUACAUGAUCAUGACUGGAGUACUUACCCAUCAUGCCAGGUUGAUUAUCUAGUGAGGUGUGAGUGCCACAACGGUUGAGUGAGGAGAAGAUGGAGGAUCUGUGGAGCCUCCAGAACCCAGCGCUGAUCCUGGUCCUGAUCAAAGAGCCUAAACCACCUGGACACCAAAUCAAAGUCCUGAUCCUGGACUCUGGAGCGCCCACGUCUGGUACUGAUAUGAGGCGCGACGGUCGAUCCUAGCAUGAUAUAACGUUCAUGUUUUAUACGGAGGUGUACAUCUGAGGACCUGGACUUCUGAACUCUGUUCACUCCGUCAGAGAGGUGACUAGAGGGGUCGGGGGACACUGGGACAGGGGUCGGGGGUGUGAGGUGAUGUUAUUUCUGCAUUUACAUCCUGGAACUUUAAUCACACCAUUUCUAAAUAAAUAACAUUCAAAUCAAAUUUAAUUCUUCAACACAUUCCAAAAAUACUGGGACAGGUGCUGGUUUACCUCGGUGUUACAUCACAUACGCUAGUUUCAUCGCCUUUCUGUAACAGCUGAGUUUCAGAGGAGUCGGCGGCGUUUCUGGAUCUCGUUGAUAUUUGGAUCUGGACGUGUGUCUGUAGAUGCUGUGGUGAGCCGUGUUUACUGACCAGGGUUUUCUGAAGCGUUCCAGAGUCCGUGUGGUUGUGUUCAGUACAGAAUCAGGUGAAGUUUGGGUUCUCAGCCCUGAUGUACGCACAUAUACAUUUCUCCAGAUUCUCUGAUGAUGUUCAGGACUGUAGACGGUAAAGCUGCUCCUGUCCCGGUGUUGUUGGAGUGUGUUGAGGUAUUAAAUGAUGAGCGAGUGAUUAUUUACACGCCUGAGUAAAGCUGAAUGGUUCUUUUCUUCUCUGUAUGAGAGUGUUUACACACCACGGCUCAUCAGUUCUGUCUGAUUUUAUUUACUGAUUUAUUUUAUAUUUUUAUUCAUCUGGUUUGUACAUUUGGAUUGUUUAUGUUCGGACUGUAAUUAUGUACUGAGCUCACGGUGCGCCAUCAUCACUGCUGGAAUGUUUCUACAUCAUUUCUGUUUUAUUCUGUUCAGGUGAGUGUGUGCGAGUCUCUCUCUCUCUCUCUCUCUCUCUCUCUCUCACACACACACACCAGUGUAGUUCUGAUAGUAAUUAUGGGUGUAACUGUGUGUAUAUAGUGUACAUUAUGAUGAUGAUAUAUGAAGUGUAACUCUGUGUGUGUGUGUUUGCAUGAUUUGAAUAAUAAUACAGAUUAAGCUAUUCAAUAAA